AUGCGGUCUUACCAAGUCGGUGGGCUCGGUACGCCGCACUACACAGGAUCAGGACACUACCGUCGACACAGUAGCAGCGGAGGCGGGGGAGGAGGGAGCAGCGGCUUGCUGGAGUAUUUGCGGAGGAUUGUUGACCCCAACCAGAUGGACUUCGACGCGGCGUUUGAAGACAUCCUGAUGCUCUGCUCUUCUCACCCUCAGCGAAUGUACAAAAUGGCUUCCUACAGAAAACAUACUAAAAAUCACUGGGCGAGGGAUGACCCGGCUUUGGCCGUCAUACAGAUCGCCUUCUUGCUUGUUUCUUCUUCAGCCUACGCCCUAGCCUUCCACGUGCGGGGAGGUCCAGUUCAUUACCUCUUUUUGGCUCUGCGUGCCAUUCUUUUCGACUGGCUCUUGGUAGGCUUGGUCGUGGCGACAGUGUGCCGGUCAGUGGCAAACCGGUACCUCUUAGAGCUCCGGUCGCACAGCGUCGAACAGGAAGUGGAGUGGCGCUACGCUUUCGACAUCCACUGCAACGCGUUUUUGCCUUUCUUCCUCCUCACCUCCGUCCUCCAUUAUUUCCUCCUUCCCCUCCUCCUCCGCCCCUCCCUCAUGGCUUUGAUCGUCUCCAACGCCAUCUUCGGGGCUGCCUUUGCUGUGUAUUUCUACGUCACACACCUGGGCUACCGCGCCCUGCCUUUCCUGCACCGGACCGAGGUGUUCCUCUACCCGUCCAUCCUGGCUGUGCUCCUCUUCUUCCUGUUCCUAGUCCUAGGCAUGCUCGGGGAGCCCUACCGGAUCCAAGCGACGCGGACCAUGGCCAGGCUCUACUACCGAUGA